UUUUGAUAUAAAUACCUAUUAUAGCUGAGAGCUUAACCAGGUAUCUUUAACCUAUUCUAUCCAGCUCCUUUAACCUCCGUAUCUGUGGUGCUGGUUCUUAUUCCUCCACCUGUUUGUUCUCCGACGUUUUCCACCCCGCCCGCACAUAUUUUCUCCUCACUGCCUGCCCCUCCAACAUCAACCACCACCUCUCGACACUAUUUCCUCAAACACCACCCACGACAUCUCAUACAGAACAGCUAUGGCGGUCCGUGCUCAAUUCGAGAACUCCAACGAAGUCGGCGUCUUUUCCCGUCUGACGAACUCUUACGCGAUUGUCGCUGUUGGUGCUUCGGAGAACUUUUACAGUGUGUUCGAGGCUGAACUGCAAGAUGUUAUUCCCAUCUGUCAUGCUUCUAUCGCGGGGACUCGCAUUGUUGGUCGUUUAACAGCUGGUAACCGCAAAGGCCUCCUGGUGCCCACGACCACCACAGACCAAGAACUUCAACAUCUGCGGAAUGAUCUCCCGGACGAUGUCAAGAUCCAGCGCAUAGAGGAGCGACUGUCGGCUUUGGGGAAUGUCAUUUGCUGCAACGAUCAUGUGGCUCUCAUACAUCCUGAUUUGGAGCGCGAGACGGAAGAGAUCAUCGCCGACGUCCUCGGCGUGGAAGUCUUCCGCCAAACAAUCGCCGACAACGUCCUCACAGGCUCCUACAUGGCCCUCUCCAACCAAGGCGGCAUCGUCCACCCCAAGACCUCCAUCCGCGACCAGGACGAGCUCUCCUCCCUGCUGCAGGUGCCCCUCGUCGCCGGCAGUGUCAACCGCGGCAGCUCCGUCGUCGGCGCCGGCAUGGUCGUCAACGACUGGCUGGCCGUCACCGGCCUGGACACGACGGCGACCGAGCUGAGCGUUAUCGAAAGUGUGUUCCGUCUGGGCGAGAUGGGUCCUCAGGGCGUGGGGAUGGGGAAUUCGGCUAAUAAGGAGAGUAUUGUGGAGAGUUUUUACUAGUUCUCUUUCUCUCUCUGUCGUUUCCCUUCCUUGUUUCUAUUUUUUUUU